AUGUCAAGAUUUCUAAAGUCUGGGUUUGCUAAAUCAAUAUUAGCCGCAGGUACUUUAGUUGGUGGUACAAUUAUAUAUUUAGAUUUUAUUCAACCUAAAAAACCAUCUCAAUUAGUUACUUCAUACAAACCAUUAACAAAAGAAUUUAAAGCCCCUCCAACGAGAUCUGAAUUAAUUGACAAUUUAAAAAAAACUGCAAAUUUCGAUGUUUUAAUUAUUGGUGGUGGUGCUGUUGGUAGUGGUACUGCUGUUGAUGCUGCAACAAGAGGUUUAAAUGUUUGUUUAUUAGAAAAAACUGAUUUUGGUUCUGGUACUUCAUCAAAAUCAACUAAAAUGGCUCAUGGUGGUGUUAGAUAUUUAGAAAAGGCGAUUUUUCAAUUAUCAAAAGCUCAAUUAGAUUUAGUUAUUGAAGCUUUAAAUGAAAGAGGUAAUAUGUUAAGAACUGCUCCUCAUUUAUGUGAAGUUUUACCAAUUAUGAUUCCUGUUUAUAAUUGGUGGCAAGUUCCUUAUUUCUUUGCUGGUUGUAAAAUGUAUGAUUGGUUUGCUGGUAAACAAAAUUUAAGAUCUUCAACUAUUUUUUCAACUGAACAAGCUAGUGCAAUUGCUCCAAUGAUGGAUACUUCAAAUUUAAAAGCUGGAUGUGUUUAUCAUGAUGGUACUUUUAAUGAUACAAGAAUGAAUGUUACUUUAGCUUUAACUGCAAUUGAUAAUGGUGCAACUGUUUUAAAUUAUUUUAAUGUUGAACAAUUAUUAAAAGAUAAACAUGGUAAAUUAAUUGGUGUAAAAGCAAAAGAUUUAGAAACCAAUGAAGAAUUUGAUAUUAAAGCAACUUCUGUAGUUAAUGCUACUGGUCCAUUUGUUGAUAAAAUUUUGGAAAUGGAUGAAGAUCCUCAAGGCUUACCCCCAAAAACUGAACAAAAACCAAGAAUGGUUGUUCCAUCAAGUGGUGUUCAUGUUGUUUUACCAGAAUAUUAUUGUCCACAAAAUAUGGGUUUAUUAGAUCCAUCAACCUCUGAUGGUAGAGUUAUGUUUUUUUUACCAUGGCAGGGAAAAGUUUUAGCAGGUACAACUGAUACACCAUUGAAAAAAGUUCCAGAAAAUCCAACCCCCACUGAAGAAGAAAUUCAAGAUAUUAUUAAUGAAAUGCAAAAAUAUUUAGUUUUCCCAAUUGAGAGAAAAGAUGUUUUAUCUGCUUGGUCAGGUAUUAGACCAUUAGUUAGAGAUCCUUCAACAGUUCCAAAAGAUCAAGAAUCAACUGGUUCAACUGAAGGUUUAGUUAGAUCACAUUUAUUAUAUCCAACUGAAUCAGGAUUAGUUACAAUUUCAGGUGGUAAAUGGACUACAUAUAGAGAAAUGGCUGAAGAAACUGUAAAUUAUUUAGUUGAACAUUUUGAUUACAACAAGAAUUUAAAAUCAUGUCAAACAAAUGAUUUAAUAUUAUUAGGUGGUGAAAAUUAUACAAAAAAUUAUUCAGCAAGAUUAAUUCAUGAAUAUAAAAUUCCAUUGAAAUUAGCAAAACAUUUAUCACAUAAUUAUGGUUCAAGAGCUGCUGGUAUUUUAGAAUUAUAUACAAAAAAUGAUCGAAAUAAAUUACCAGUUACAUUAGCAGCAACAAAAGAAUUUGAACCAAGUUUAGAAGCAGUAACUGAUCGUAAUAAUUUAAGUUAUCAAUCAUUUGAUGAACCAUUUACAAUUGCAGAAUUAAAAUAUUCUUUAAAAUAUGAAUAUCCAAGAACUCCGGUAGAUUUCUUAGCUAGAAGAACAAGAUUAGCAUUUUUAAAUGCAAGAGAAGCAAUGCAAGCAAUUGAUGGUGUUGUUGAAUUAAUGUCACAAGAAUUAAAUUGGGAUAAUGAAACUGAACAAAAGAUGAGAAAAGAUGCUCGUAAUUAUAUUGGUAAUAUGGGUAUAUCACCAAAGAAAUUCGAUGUUGAAGAAUUUAAAGUUCAAUAA